AUGGCCGCCACCACACAUUUCGGACAAGCCUCUUAUUCCUACGCCAACGAGCUUUCCCACAUGUCGGAUUCUCCAUCGAACAUCCCUUCUUUAACUCCUGCCAGUACGCUGGGUAGCAAUUACGACACAUCUUCUCCCUCACAUGACCACGCCUGCGAUGACGUAUUGGAAGACACGGUAUUUCCAGAGCUGAAGAACAACGAAGAGAGCGAUGUGCAAGAGCUCCAGAAGGAAGACCCGAUCGGAAUAGACAUGUGGAAAUUUUACCGGAAACAGUCCAACGUCCCGGAUGCUGAGCGCAUGCAAAACAUGACCUGGCGGAUGAUGGCCAUCAACUUACGAAAAGUACAACGAAAAAGAGAAUCAUCUCACGCGGCGGUGGGACGCGUCAGGGCUCCGGCUGCGGAGCACUGGUCGCCGACAACGGCGAGGCAACAGACCACGACCGUGUCCCAGACCAACACUCACCAACGGAGGAUCGCCAUUCCACGAAAAGGCAGCGUCGGAAAAGCAUUGUGGAUCGCACCACCCGGCGACACUAGGAUGGACGACGUCAAAUUCGAAGACCCCAGCAGUACCUACCAAUUCGACUUCACUCCGCCAGAACUCUCGCAAAAUAUGCCGCCCCCGGACCGCCCCAUGAACUUCCAAACGCCCUCCACGUACAGCCUCCUCAACGGCCCACGCGGCAAAAUCCAAGUUCCUGACGGAUUCAAGCAAGAGCCCGACGCCGCCUCCGGCACCCACACCCGGCAUGUGUCAUUGGGCGGUGCGGGGUACUCCGACAGCAGCAGUCCUUUCGGUAUUAAAUCCGACUUCACCAACUUACAGCCGACACCCGGCGGCAGCAACGUCACCCCAUGGGACCCGGGCUGGGCUGAAGAAGCGUUCGGCGGGCAGUCUCUGUACGAUACGCCGCCCGAGAUCAAAAAGGAGGAAAUCGACCUCUUCCCCGAGAAUUGGAUUGCUCACGACGCUGCGCAGCACGGGUUCGGGAGCCAGACGAGUGCGGUGCUGAAUCAGCAUGCGACUGCCCAGAGCUUGUCUCAGUGGCAGCAGUUUGAGGAUAGUCACUUUGCGGAGCUGUCGGGGCAGAAGACUCAGUUUGGAUCGCAGCCGGGCCAGUAUGGGCAGAUGUUUACGACGUCCGGAUUUGGCCUUGGAGAUUCGAAUAUCAACGCGCAGUCAUCGAUCGAACCUCAAGCGGGUUAUUGGGGGCAUGCAUCAAGUUCUGAAACAACGGGGAGGAAACGUCGGAAAGGAUUAUGA